CGCGCGCAAACAAACACGAAUGUUGCCCAGAAUUUUUGUAUGGGCAAGUAAGCAUUAUAUACCUAUGCAUAUACAUGCUCGUCUCUACACAUAUUCGCUCCAUCGAAGCUGAUAACAGGCCGAAAGUGAGUCACAUUAUGCAUCACCUAUGCACAUACAUCGUGUACAUAAAACGUUUAUUCAGUUACAGAUAGAAGGUAUACAGAUCUCCCUAUACUAUAAGUCGAACCAUAAGGAGCUGCUCCAAUUAUAAGACCAGCUUCCACCCAUUUCCAUAUUAUCUGUCCUGAAUAACGUCCCGCUAGAUGCUCCGCAGUGUGGAAAACGGAAAGAUUUUCAUAUUUGAUAACAUGGAAAUAUAUUUAUACAGUCUUGGGUUCCACAGUGCCGACUAAAUCUAAACGACGGCAUACCCAAUUCGCAAAGACUUGGAAUUUUGUGGGCCAAGCUCAGAGCCCACUCCUGGUUUUUGUAACCUCACGACAGGGUUAAGGCCGUUCGUUGGAUUGUUUUUACCGAAAUUAGGCUCACUUAAAUUCUAUGUUAAUUGUACGUUUUCAUUAUAUUUGUUGAGCUUCUGAGCUUUUUCAGCAGCGUAUGUUUGCGAUCGUUCGACGAUUGUUCGGUUUACAACGGUUUAGCGAUAGCGGAAGAUUUGAGCUAGGUUUACGAGGAGAUUAAAGAAAGAAACAAAUUGAAGACACGCGGCGGGUAGACGUGCAAAAAGUGAGUGCUUCCUCAAGACUAAUUCAAGAGCGAAGGCGAAAGAAAAAAAGAAAGACGCGAGAGAAGGGACUGAGAGAAUAGGCUGUUGUACGUAUGUACAUACAUAUGUAGAUUGCAAUGUGGUACUGUGGGCAGUGCAAACAAUAAACAAUAAUAGAGAUUUGCUUUACUGCUGCGCCACUGGCUAUAAUACAUAUAUGGAUUAUUGGCUACGAAUCUCACAUCACGCCAGAUUGUUAAUGCUCUAGAAGUUAUAAAACCUGCCAAUUUUUUGGGCAUCCUCAUCCUGAUCCCCAUUCUCCCUAUAUCCAAGACUUUGGGCUUAACAACUAUGGGCCGACCCUCCCGAGCUCCAGCAACACUUGUGCGGCGGGGGUUGGGACCGGACCAUUCACAGGGUGCCUAAAGCGGCGAUUAGACGCUUGAAUGGCUGCACAGGGCCAACACCCUGUCAACACGCCGAAAUUGGCUAACGGCCAACGGCCAACGCACAUGUUCGAUUAUGGCCAAAGAGCGACCAAGCAGAACCAGCGCCAGAAAGCACUAGCACCAGUCCAGUCCACGCGUGUACGCGCGUCCACAUGGUGUGCUGGUCUGGUACUCGUACUAGGCCUGAUACUGGGUUGUGCUUGACUGAGUGCGCAGGGGUAAUGAGAGCCGCCAGCAGGCGCAGGCGCAGCACAGACGAGCGGGAAGCUACUGGCCAACUCUGCUCCUGGCACCGCACAACGUUUGUCCGCAUUCCGUGGCCAGUCGCAGCGCGAGACGGAACUCGGCUCGGAGAACCCAGAACACAGAACACACACAGUCCCAGUCCCAGUGCCAGUGCCAGUGCCAGCCCCCGUUGACAGUGCCAUCCAGUCCAAGUCCAGCUCCUGGCGGCUAGUGCUCGUCCUGUGCAUCCUUUUGUUUAUUGUUUUUUUUUUUCGUUUUUGACUGCUGGUUACGUUUUUUUUUCCUGUGCCUCCGUGUGUGUUUUGGGUGUCGCGUGAACUGCACGAGAGCCAGGCCUGGGCGAUUGUUGAGAGCCAUGAUUGUCAAUAUGCCCGUCAAUGGCACGGGCAGUGUGAGUGCUCCCGGUGUCCAUCUCAGUCCCGCUUCGAACAACAACAACAACAACAACAACACCACCAACAAUAACACCACUAGUGACGGCAACAACUCGAACAGCGGAACCCUGGUAGGAGACUGCGAAUACAACUUUUUGAAGCGCAAGUACGAGUCGCAGGUGGAUGGACAGGACCUAGCCCUGGGCCCGGACUACGACCAACUCGAGGCGAACCCCUGGAAGAAACGUCACCUUGAGUACGAUGCCGGCGACCUGCACUUUCACCUCCAGCUGGAAUCGCCAGUAGCUAGCAGCACGGCCAGUGGCGGCUCUGCUCCUGCUGCCGUUGCGACUAUACCUGCCGCUGGGCCCCCUGAGUCCUCGGCCGCUUUCAUCAACGAUCUGUUCGCCUACGACAGCAGUCUCUUGGUGCCGUCCGCCGCAUUCUGCGGCCCACCCAGCGCGCUGCCCACGCCCACACUGAGCGCCCCCCUGGAGGAUGGACCCGGCGGCGGCUGGCAGACGGGCGAGCUGCUCGAGCUCGAUCAUCGCUACAACUCCGGUCUGCAGGCGGAGAUUGGCCAGCUGAGCGCGACGCUGCCGCCCCCUGUGUCGCAGUGCAGCAACAGCUCCCAGCCCCAGUCUCAGUCCCAGUCUCAGCAGCAGCCCCAGCAGCAGCAACAGCAGCAACAGCAGCAGCAGCAGUCGUCGGCGCAGGUGGCGCAAAAUCAGAGCUUCAUGGUCCCUCUGAAGCAGGCGGGAUGUCGGACUAUGCCCACCGGCAGGCGCACUUCGUCGGGCUCCACAGGCACGCCCACGACUACGACAACUAGCGAUGGGUCGGAGGCGGACUUUGAGGACAAGAACCUGUCGUGGCUGCUCAACUUUAAAUUCGACGAGUUCCCCCAUCUAUCGCCCCAUGGCCAAGGGCAGGGCCACGGCCAGCCGGUGGGUCAAGCCGAAGCCGGCACGCCCACAACCGCUGUCAGCAUAUCGCCCUGCAGCUCUACCUCGUCCCCGUCCGCAUCCGCAUCCACAUGCACCACGAACUCGAAUCACUCUCUCAACUCCAGCCAGAGCCAUGGCGCCCUGAUGGACCAGCGGGCCAGGUCCCCCAAGAGCUGCACCAGCGCCUCGAUCAGUGCAUCAACAGUCGGUGGAGGGGCAGGAGGAGGUGGAGGAGGUGCCGGCGGCAGUACUGUAUCGGGAAACAUUGGCAGCUCCACCAAGACCGGGCGCAAGUUCGAGGAGCUGGUGAUGGAAGUCACCUCGGAGCUGGAUGGCAACGAUAUGAUAGUGGCCGAGCAUGUUGUGGUCGAGGAUACAACCUCCAAGGCCAGGCCAAAGAAACCACCGUUCACCUACACGGAACUCAUCGAAUACGCCCUCGAGGACAAGGGUGAACUGACUGUGUCGGGCAUAUACCAAUGGAUAUCCGAUCGCUUUCCGUAUUACAAAUCGAACGAUGACCGCUGGAAGAACUCGGUGCGACACAAUCUAUCCAUCAAUCCGCACUUCCGCAAGGGAGUAAAGGCGCCCCAGGGCGCUGGCCACUUGUGGGCCAUCUCCAGCGGGGAUUCGGCCGAGAACGUCUUGGCUUGGGAGCACAAGAAGCAACGACUGGAUUUGUUCUUCAAAAUGGAGUCCAUCAACCGGGAACGCAUCCAACAGCAUCAGCAGCAACUCCAGCAACAGCAGCAGCAACAGCAACAGCAACAGCAGCAGCAGCAACAACAGCAGCACCAGCAACAGAAUUGCCACUCGCCGCAACAGGGACAGGGGCAGGGACUACAUCAAACGAGCAAUGGCUGCCUGUACGAUGAGGCCGCUGUGGCAGCUGCCACACUCACGCAGGAGAUGCUGCAACACUCCUCAAGUACGGCGAAUGAGUCAACAGCAGGACAGUCGCACCACCACUCCAAUCAUCAUCACCAUCAUCACCAGAGACUGCUGCCCUUCAAUGAUCUGCUGAGCGACGACGAGCUGCGCAAGACGGCCGGCCAGAUUUUAAACGGCAUCCAUCGCGAGGUGGAGGUGCAGUCGGUGAAUUCCAUUAUCAGCACCUAUCACGACGUGCUGCUGGACAAUGAAGACUAUCUCAAUCCCAUACACAAGGACGUCGUUGUCACGGAGAGCGGUCUGAGGCAGCAGCAGCAUGGCGUGGGCAGCGGGAUACACAUGAACAGCGGCAAUAUCAACAGCCUGACCCACUCGCACUCGCAGUACUAUAUCACCGAGAUCGAUCCCAUGGAGCUGGGCAUUCAGAUGUCGCACCAGGUGGAACCCUCCGAGGAGGAGGUGCUUUUCAGCGAUGAGUUCAAUCUCAACUACUUUGGCUACAAUCCCGGUAGCGAUAUUGUCGCUUGACCGCGUAGACAACAGUCGGAAUCGGGUUCGGCUUUGGGAUCGGGUUCGGGUUCGGUUCCAGUACCCGUUUCCAUUCCCACUCCCGUUUCCGUUCCCGUCGCUUCAGCUCCGGCUCCAGCUCAGCCAAGCAAUUGAGAUGGGCCCCCAACCCAGUGCUCGCUCCAUGCCAGACAACAAUCGUAACUGUAGCAGAUCCUACUCAUAAGCCAAGUCUCAACGAAUACUAGUCACACAUUCAGCACACGAAAACACUCACAAGUAACCACCUAAGGACUUCCCAUCAUAAGCGCCCCCCGCCCCCUCCCAUUUGUAUAGUCUAGUCUUGAGUGUACCAAUGCAAAUACCUAUCAUGUAAUUUGUGCCCAUGUUUUGUCUAUAUUUUAGUUGAAUACAUAGGAGCUAAGUAGCUUACUAGCGUUAAGGAUAUAUUGUGUGUACGGGUAUAUCCCCCGAUAGCUCCUCCCCGAAUUUAGUUAAGUGUUUCUACAAUUAGUCGAAUAAACCAUACCAACCUAACUAAUCUAGGCCUAGAGCAUAUCGAGUAAACCUAAUCCUUGUAUGUACUUACGGAUACUCUUUACCCCUACCCAUGUCUACCCAAGUCUACCCAUGUCUGUAGUAGUAACUGCACCUAACUGGUUUUAUUCAUUAUUGCAAAAUAAACCCUUUUUUUUAUUAAA